CUCCUCGAGUAGGGGUAAAGUGAGAGUCAGUAUAAAAGGGGAUUUCUUUCCUCUCCCGGGAUCGCAGUCGAUCUCGCUCGUUUGCAACUAUCUCUCCGUACGUUACACGUUUUGCGUCGAUCCCGUCGAAGGUGCACGUUUCGCGAGCCAGGAUGAAGUACGUGGUGUUGGCGAUAAUUCUGGGCCUGGCGGUGGCGCAGGAGCCGAAUUAUCAUGGACGCAACAACUAUCAGCAAGACGACGGACAGCACGCAGCUGACAACAGGCGGCCUGUAUCCACUACGCCCAUCCCGAUUCUCCACUGGAACAAGCAGCAGGAGCACGACGGAACCUACAAAACUAGUUACGAAACGGGCAACAAUAUCAUCGCUGAGGAGAGUGGUUACAUCAAGACCAUCGGCGAAGGUGAAGACCGGGCGGAGGCGAUCGUGCAGCAGGGCACCUUUUCGUACACGAGUCCCGAGGGACAGCUGAUUACCAUUCACUACACCGCCGACGAGACCGGCUUUCACGCGCAGGGCGAUCACAUUCCCACGCCGCCACCCGUCAGCGAGGAGAUCCAAAAAGGCCUCGACCUCAUCUACGCGGGCAUUCGUCAGCAAGAGGAGGAAGAAGCCCGCGCCGCUGCCCAAAAAACUCAGCAGCCAUUGAAUCAACAGGUCGAUAGGCGGGAUGACUAUGACAGAAAGUACCGGCAGUGAGCGCAUUGUCGAUGCUCUAUCAAUUACAUAUCCGCAGCACUGUAUCGUACUUAUUAAGAAGUAGCGAUUAAGUUGUUAAGUUACGUUAGCCCCUCGCUCCAAAUACACUCUCCAUUGUAUGUACAUUUGUAGUAAGAAACAUCGAAGUACUGUGGUAA